AUGUUCUUAUCUAUCUAUCUAUUUAUCUAUCUAACUUUUUCAAUGUUCAUAUCUAUCUAUCUUUUCAAUGUUCAUAUCUAUAUCUAUCUAUCUAUCUAUAAUCUAUCUAUCUAUCUAUGUGUGUUCACUAUCUAUCAAUGUAUCUCUCUAUCUAUUUCAAUGUUCUUAUCUAUCAAUUUAUCUAUCUAUCUUUUCAAUGUUCAGAUCUAUCUAUCUAUCUUUUCAUGUAAAUCUAUCUAUCUAUUUCUAAUAUCUAUCAUCUAUCUAUCUAUUUCUAUCUAUAUGUUCAUAUUCAUCUAUCUAUCUAUCUAUCUAUCUAUGUGUGUUCAUAGAUCAAUGAUAUCUAUUUCAAUGUUCUUAUCAUAUCUAAUAGAUUGUUCAAAUUCAGAUAAAUAUAUCUAUCUAUCUAUAUCUAUCUAUAUCUAUCUAUCUAAUGGAUAUCUAUCUAUCUAUUCAUCUAUCUAUCUAUCUAUCAUCUAUCUAUCUAUCUAUGUGUGUCUCAUAUCUAUAAUGAUAGAUUUCAGAUAUCUAUAUUUAUCUAUCUAUCUUUUUUCAAUGAUAUCAUAUCUAUCUAUCUAUAGAUCUAUCUAUAUCUAUCUAGAUAUCUAUCUAGAUAGAUUCAUAGAUAUCUAUCUAUCUAUUAUCUAUAGAUAUUCAUCUAUCUAUCUAUCUAUCUAUGAUUAG